AAAAUGAUCCAAGAAUGGUGUGUUGAGAAUAAAGAUCAUGGGAUCGAGAGGAUCCCAACUCCAAGAAUCCCAGUAACCUCAUUAGAGGUAAUAGAGAUUCUUAGGAAGGUAGAGUCUUGCUGCAAAUCGCAGCAAGGCUUAGAGUCUGGUCGAGAACUAGUAAUGAAAAUGAGGAAGAUGAUAAAGGAAAGCAUGAGGAAUAAACGUUGUUUUGUUACCAAUGGAGCCGGAAAGAUCCUAUCGUCUACACUUCUUGUUUUGUCGGAGAAAUUAUCGGUUGGUGAUAGUGAGACAAUGGAAGAAAUUCUAUCAACUCUGACAAUAUUAUUGCCUCUAGAUGAUGGUGAGUCCAAGUCAAUUCUUGGUUCAAAAUCAUCUUUAAAUUGUAUGAUUUGGUUCUUGAAGUGUGGGAGUUUAUCAAGUAGGAGGAAUUCAGUUUUUUUGCUCAAAGAAGUCAUGAGAAUGGAGGAAAUAUGGAGAGUAGAAGAGUUACUAAAGAUUGAUGGAGCUUUGGAAUCUUUAGUGAAGCUUGUGAAAGAGCCAAUUUGUCCUACUACUACAAAGGCUUCUUUAUUAACAAUUUACCAUAUGGUUAAUUCAUCAUAAUUAUCAAAUGAGAAGGCAAGAUCAAAAUUUGUUGAUUUGGGGUUAGUGGAAUUGCUUAUAGAGACACUUGUGGAUAGUGAGAAGAGAAUAUGUGAAAAAGCAUUAGGAAUUUUGUCUGGACUUUGCAACUCAGAGAAAGGGAGAAAGAGGGCUAAUAGUUAUGCCUUAACUAUUCCUGUUUUGAUCAACAAAUUGUUAAGAGUUUCAGAUAUGGCAACUGAAUUUUCAGUUUCAAUCUUAUGGAAACUAAUUGGGAAGAAUGAAAAAAAGGAUAAUGUUGUGCUUAUUAAUGAAGCACUUCAAGUUGGUGCAUUUCAGAAGCUAUUGCUACUAAUACAAGUUGGUUGUAGUGAAAAUACUAAGGAGAAGGCUAGCGAAUUGUUGAA